CCAGGCACCUAGCGGGCCGGACUCUGGGCGGCACCCGAGAGGGCCGGGCAGCAGUGGGCGCUCGCGAUCCUCCUCUGCCCAACGCGCUCUCCCUCUGGGCCAGGCCUCCUCUGUCCCCUCCUUUUGCUCCCGCUCCUCCUCCCGCUCCUCCCCUCCUCGGGAUUGAGCACCAAAACGCCCGCCUGCAAGGUCCUCUGCGCGCUGGCAGCCAGGAGUCGCCGCCACGACCGCCGGGUCUCAGUGGGUGCCUGCGCCUUCUCCCCGCCCGCCUGCCCCGGGUCAUCCAGAAACUUGCUCUACCCUCCGCGGGUGCUCGGCAGUACUGCCCAUGGCCCAGCCCAGGAGCCUAUUUAGGGCGCCGGACGGGCUGGACGGAGGCGCGGCUCAGUAAUUGAAGGCCUGAAACGCCCAUGUGCCACUGACUAGGAGGCUUCCCUGCUGUGGCGCUUCAUGACCCAGCGGCGCGUGGCCCAGUGAAGCCACCGUGGUGUCCAGCAUGGCCGCGCUGCUCCUGGGCGCGGUGCUGCUGGUGGCCCAGCCCCAGCUAGUGCCUUCCCGCCCCGCCGAGCUAGGCCAGCAGGAGCUUCUGCGGAAAGCGGGGACCCUCCAGGAUGACGUUCGCGAUGGCGCGGCCCCGAACGGCUCUGCCCAGCAAUUGCCGCAGACCAUCAUCAUCGGCGUGCGCAAGGGCGGCACGCGCGCACUGCUGGAGAUGCUCAGCCUGCACCCCGACGUGGCGGCCGCGGAGAACGAGGUCCACUUCUUCGACUGGGAGGAGCAUUACAGCCACGGCCUGGGCUGGUACCUCAGCCAGAUGCCCUUCUCCUGGCCACACCAGCUCACAGUGGAGAAGACCCCUGCGUAUUUCACGUCACCCAAAGUGCCUGAGCGAGUCUACAGCAUGAACCCGUCCAUCCGGCUGCUGCUCAUCCUGCGAGACCCGUCGGAGCGCGUGCUAUCUGACUACACCCAAGUGUUCUACAACCACAUGCAGAAGCGCAAGCCCUAUCCGUCCAUCGAGGAGUUCCUGGUGCGCGACGGCCGGCUCAACGUGGACUACAAGGCCCUCAACCGCAGCCUCUACCACGUGCACAUGCAGAACUGGCUGCGCUUCUUCCCACUGCGCCACAUCCACAUUGUGGACGGCGACCGCCUCAUCAGGGACCCUUUCCCUGAGAUCCAAAAGGUCGAGAGGUUCCUAAAGCUGUCGCCGCAGAUCAAUGCCUCGAACUUCUACUUUAACAAAACCAAGGGCUUUUACUGCCUGCGGGACAGCGGCCGGGACCGCUGCUUACAUGAGUCCAAAGGCCGGGCACAUCCCCAAGUCGAUCCCAAACUACUCAAUAAACUGCACGAAUAUUUUCAUGAGCCAAAUAAGAAGUUCUUCGAGCUUGUUGGCAGAACAUUUGACUGGCACUGAUUUGCAAUAAGCUAAGCUCAGAAACUUUCCUACUGUAAGUUCUGGUGUACAUCUGGGGGGAAAAAGAAUUUUAAAAAAGCAUUUAAGGUAUAAUUUAUUUGUAAAAUCCAUAAAGUACUUCUGUACAGUAUUAGAUUCACAAUUGCCAUAUAUACUAGUUAUAUUUUUCUACUUGUUAAAUGGAGGGCAUUUUGUAUUGUUUUUCAUGGUUGUUAACAUUGUGUAAUAUGUCUCUAUAUGAAGGAACUAAACUAUUUCACUGAAAAAAAAAGAUUUUUUCUGGAGACGCUAUCUUUUCUUGAAUAUAAUUAACUUGCCCCCAACUCAAAA